UUGGUCGGUCCCAUGUAAUAAAAACUCCCGCGCGAGGGCAUUUAAGUAAAUCUCCACACCCGAAAUACUAGGGUUUCCGCCCCCGCCUUCCUCCCUAACUAUAAAACACCUCUCCGUUUGUAUUGUCCCUCCCUAACAACUCGCCGUCUCUCUCUCUCAUUCUUGAUCAUCAAAGUUACCCCGCUCCGAUCGAAGAUGUCAGAGGGAUCAGUAGAAUCGAAAUCGAAGGUAGACUCUGCAGGAGAGUUAUCAGAUGUUGACAACGAGAACUGCAGUAGCGGCGGCGGUGGAAGCAGUGGUGAUACGAAGAGGAUUUGCGUUGAUUGCGGAACACUCCGAACUCCUCUCUGGCGCGGUGGCCCUGCUGGUCCUAAGUCGUUGUGCAAUGCUUGUGGGAUCAAGAGCAGGAAGAAGAGGCAAGCAGCAGCUCUUGGAAUCAAACCAGAAGAGAAGAAGAGAAAGAGAAGAAGCAAUAGCAGUGAUAGUGAUCUAAGCUUCGAUGAACAUCGAAACGCUAAGAAGAAGAUCAUCAACAAAGGUGGUGAUGAUGAUCUCACCAGUAGUAGUAGUAACAUCGAAGGAGUGAACAAGUAUUUGGAUUUAGGUUUCAAAGUUCCGGCGAUGAAGCGAUCGGCGGUUGAGAAGAAGAGGCUAUGGAAGAAACUCGGAGAGGAAGAAAGAGCCGCCGUGCUUCUCAUGGCGCUCUCUUGUGGCUAUGUUUAUUCAUAAAACGAAGAAGAAUUCGUUUCUUUUUGACGGAAUAAUUAAUUUAAGUAGAUAGAGGAGAGAUAUGUAUGAAUGUGUAAUAGUUAGUGAUGUCGUGUUUUUUUUGUUCUGGUUCCCACUAAUGUUAUGUAUUCAUUUGUUAAUGAAUUUACAUAUUGAGAGCAAUUCAGUUUA